GGGCCGGCUGCUUCCGCUCAUCCCGGCAUGCCGUGCGCGGCCUCGUUGUGGGCGACGGAGCGCGAUGGCGGCCGAGACGGACUCCUGGGACGCCGACGCCUUCGAGGCCCCCCCGCCCCCCGCAGGGCCCCUCCGCACCGCCGCAGACCGCUGGGCCGGCGAGGACGAGGACGACGACGUCAAGGAUAACUGGGAUGAUGAGGAGGAGGAGGAAAAGGAGGUGGAGGUAAAACCAGAGCCCAAAGUUUCAGAAAAGAAGAAAAUAGCAGAAAAAAUAAAAGAGAGGGAAAAUCAGCAGAAGAAAAAACAAGAGGAGAUUAAAAAAAGGAUAGAGGUAUCAGAAGAGCCUAAGGAACUUACCCCAGAAGAAGUGUUAGCAGGUAAACUCCGGCUACAGAAAUUACAAGAAGAGGCUGACCUUGAAGUAGCAAAAGAAAUUUUUGGCGUAAGCAACACGUUUGGAAUAGAUGCAAUGAAUCCAUCUUCAAAAGAUGACUUUACGGAAUUCGGCAGAGUUUUAAAAGAAAAAAUAACACAGUAUGAGAAAUCCCUAUAUUAUGCUGGCUUUUUGGAAGCCUUAGUAAGAGACAUUUGUAUUUCAUUGGAAGUUGAUGACUUGAAAAAGAUCACAAAUUCCUUGACAGUUCUAUGCAGUGAGAAGCAGAAACAAGAGAAGCAAAACAAAGCCAAAAAGAAGAAGAAAGGCGUGGUUCCAGGCGGGGGAUUGAAGGCGACCAUGAAAGACGACCUUGCGGAUUAUGGUGGCUAUGACGGGGGUUAUGUCCAAGACUUCGAAGACUUCAUGUGACCUUUCUCCUCCUUUCUGUUGUCUUUCUGUUGCCCAGAAUUCCGUAAAUGUGUAGCACAACUUCUUUCCUUUUAAAUUCUGCCAAAUGCUACAAUCAAAAGUGCAGCAGUGUUUUUGUGCUGGCAGCCUUUCGACGCCGGGCUGCAAAAGCAUUGGAUGCCCCAUCUUGACGUCAAGGGAAUAAAAUUGAGGCUCGGUUUGCUUUGCUUGAUCAUAGGACAGGACUUUAAAGAAUAUUUGACUUCAUAGCAGCAGCAGAAGCAGCACCCAGUUGGAACCGCAAGGCCCAAAUUAGGUUACCGGCACCACAUAGUAAUAACCUUAACCGUGCUCUCCAGUUGACUCUCCGCCCAGUUUGCAGCAGGCAUGGGGGUGUGUGUGCAGCAGCAUUAGUGUUAAGAAUGGCUUUCUCUCUCUGUACACUUAGAGCUUGAGAUGUUUGUGGGAGAGUGGGCAAGGGCUGCAGCGGGGAGGGUUCUGCCCGUGGCCACACAGCUGUGGAAUCCUCCUUCCUUCAGCACUUGAAAGCAGCGACUAACACUGGUUUAGCCCGGAUCUGUUGCAUUUGGGGGGGAAGCGUGUCUCUCCAGUCGAGGGGGGGGGCCUGAGCGUGUCUUGCUUCGACUCGGUGGGGAUUCCUUGCCACCCCGUCUCGGUGGCCACGGCUGAGCGCCGUCUUCUCUCAUUUCCAGAACCCCCGCUUAUCGAACUGCAACAGUUAUGACAGUUGGGCAAAUUGUUAUGUUAACAAUUAUGACAUCUGCAAUGUUUUAUAAGAAGUGACUAAUUUAAUAAAAUCACUAUUGUGAGGGCUGA